AUGGUGGAUUGGCUAACAACCAAUGGCAUUCCCUGCUCUGAAAAUAUGAGAAAAUUUGAGUUGCUGGAAUUAAUAGAUAAAAGUCGACCACCAAAAACGUAUAAAAUAGAUCAAAUAGUUAAACUAUCUGGACACACAAUAUUACGAUUACCCCCUUAUAUGUGUAAUCUGAAUCCGAUCGAGUUAGUGUGGGCUGAAAUUAAACAUAAAAUUAGACAACGAAACAUAUCUACACUAACGUAUACAGAAUUAGAAACAGCAAUCAAAGAGAUCAUUCCAGAAAUUUCACCCACAUCAUGGGAAAACUACUGCAAGCAUACGGAAAAUAUAAAACAACGAUAUUGGCAGCGAGAUAGUGUAUUAGAAACAUUGAUGGACAAUUUAUCUUUAAAUGGAAACAGCGAUACAGAAACAGCAGAGGAAAAUUCAGACAGUUCUUUCUCGGAUGAUUGA